AUGUUAAAACUGCGUGGCUGUUUCAAUUUCAAACUCAAUUUCAAUUGCAAUUGCAAUAGGCGUCCCCUUGUGGUGCGAACGCCGUUUCGCAAUAGUUUGAUCCGAGGGCUGCUUUACAGACCAUUCUCAACUGAUAUCGAAAACUUGAAACGGCAAUCAGACAACCAGGAAAGUGACAAUUCCGCCUCGGCAACUGGGGUCAUCGACAAAGGAUCAAAUGAGGUUUUGCUUUAUUACUCAUUUACAAAUUCCCGAAGUUUCAUCAAACCGUACAUUUCGAGAUUCAUCCCGUCCAAAUGGACCGAUGACGAAUUGAGAGCAAAAGUCGAAAAUGUAUCGUCGCCACUACCGGAUAACUCGGUAAUCACUGAGCUUGUGUCGCUUCCAAGAGACAGUGGAGCGUUUGUCAAAUUCAAGUACCCACCAGGUUUAUCUGCAAGGGACUUUGUGAAAGAUGUCAGGGAGAAUGUCAACAAACACGAUGAAGGCGGGAAAUUUUUCGAGAAUGCGUUUACCAGAGCCUUGUUGAACUCCGUAUGGAAUAGCUCAACCCAGGUUUACAGCGUCAAAGGGGUGCCGUGGAUAGAAGAUUUGAGACGGUUCCCCAGCGCCAAGCUUGGCAUCAAAUACGAAGGCAAACCUUUGACCGAGGAAGAACUAUACGUGCUCUUUCGAAGGUAUGGUUUAAUCGAUGACAUCAAAAUUGACGCGGGCGAGGCGUUUAUCUUGUUCCACGCCGUGAGGUCGGCCAUCUGUGCCAAGCACUGCAUCACUGGUAUGCAACUAAAUCACGACGAAACAACGAUCCACAUCCGCUAUGUCCCGAUAAAGAAGACUAAUUUUCUCAUCGACUUGGUUGCCAGCCAUACCAAGAUUGCCUUGCCCAUUCUUUUGGCACUUUUGGCUACUUUUGCUGUCUUGAUAUUUGACCCAAUUCGAGAAUGGUUCAUCCAGCUCAAAAUCACUAGAAGCGCCCACAAGUUUGAGCAGUACCGAGAAAACAAAUGGUUUAAACUAGUUUACGUGCCUUAUAUGACGCUUGCGGAUGCAGUCACCAGCAGCUACGACUAUAUUGGGAACCAGUUACAAGACGUGGCUGGAACUCGCGAUGGUGAGAAACACAUGGGAAGUGGCGGAUUCGGCGGAGGCGGAGAAGAUGACGGGACUUCGUUGCAGGAAAAGAGAUUGGAGAGCAAUAUGUUUUGGCGUGAACGGUUGGAGAAAUCCAAAGAGUUGAAACUCUGGAUUAUGGAAAACACAGACACUUUUAUCAUUGUGAAAGGACCUCAAGGUUCCGGUAAAGAAGAGUUUGUUAUGGACCACACUUUGAUCCCCGACUCGAGAUUGAAUAGAAAGGUCUUGGUUGUCGAUUGUGACGAAUUGAGCAAGGCAAGAUCGGAAAACAACUUGAUUGCCAAGACUGCUUCUCAGUUGGGCUAUUUCCCUGUUUUCACCUGGACAAAUUCCAUUUCCCAAUUUGUUGACUUGGGUGUUCAAGGCUUAACUGGUCAAAAAUCUGGUCUCAGCGAAAGCAAGGAGACUCAGAUCAAAAACAUGUUUUCCUUAGCGACUCAGGCGAUUAGACGCAUCACCGAUGCAGAUUACAAGAGGUAUAAAACCGGCGUCGAGAAAAGGAACCGCAAGUUGAAGCAGGAGGACGAAAAGAUUGAGGUUCGAAGCCAAGAAGAGUUUCUUUCGCAGCACCCGGAGUCGAAACCCAUCAUUGUUAUCAAAAAGUUUGCCAGAAAAGCCGAUGUGCUGUCAAACGAUUUCGUGUUCCCCUUAAUCGCGGAUUGGGCUUCUGGUUUGAUUCAAAACAACACAGCGCAUGUCAUAUUCACGACCUCGGAUGUUGGUUCCCUCCAGCAUUUGACGGAGUCGUUGCCAAAUCGAGUUUUCAAAAACAUUCCCCUUAGUGAUGCUUCGAUUGCAAGCUCCAAGCAGUACAUUGCCGACGCCUUGAAACUCAAAGACACGUUUGAAAUCGACGACUGCAUCGCUCCUCUCGGCGGUAGAAUGUUGGACUUGCAAGCUUUCAUUCGCCGUAUAAAGUCUGGCGAAAACCCGCCCCAGGCUGUCAAUGAAAUGGUUAACCAAGCUGCUGAGUUGAUUAGCACUUUUUUCUUGCAUGAGCACAAAUUCAGCAACGACGACAGCAACUGGAACCCUUCUCAGGUGUGGUUGAUUAUGAAAUUAUUGCUGGGGAGCGAUUCAAUCAGCUACGACACCUUGAUCAAACUGCCGCUUUUCAAGAAAUCCAAGGAGACGUUGGAUACCUUGACUACUUUGGAGAAGUACGACUUGAUAACUUUAAAGAGAGACAAGGGUGUCUUGAACGUUAUAGAAACGGGCAGACCGCUAUUCAAAGCUGCGUUUGAAAAUAUCAUUCUGGAUGUGAGGAUCUGGAAGCUUUAUGAAACGGAGUAUUUGUCAAACUUGAUAGCUUUGGAAAUCGCCAAGAUCACCAAGCUCGAGAGCGAGUUGACCAACAUUUUCAAAAUAGGUAAAGUCGACGGACGAAUCGAUUAUUUGUCGAAAAAAAUCGAGCAAAGUAACCAAAAAAUCCUUGAUUAUGAAAAAGAGAUUAACGACAUUGCCGAGUUUAAAGGAGAAUCAAAACGUCAAUCAUUUCUAGGCAUAUUUUAA